CUAAUUUCCUCCAUCUCUCAUUCCCCCUCCUCCAAUUAACGCUUAGACGCUCCUUUUCUCUCUCCUAAUAAAAUAAAUCUUGUCUCAUUUAAUUCUCUACUUGCUCGUAUUAAAAUCCCCACAUUCUCAAACUCAAACUCACACUCAUUCAUUCACUCCUUACUUUGCCAUUUCCUUUCUUACACUUACCCCCAUCAUUUCACAUAACGAGAUUGCUCUAUAUUCAACCAAUUCACCCACUCUUCUGCUCAAAUUAAUUAUCCCCUUCUGUCGUCGUAGCAGUGGAGUUCGUUUAUCUUUCACAUUUUGCUCGUGACUUGACAAUGGCGUCGAUGAAUCAUGCCAUUUCGAACUGAGAUUUUCUCUCUCCUUUUUGGAGUUUCAAUUUGCUACUCUGAAUCAGUGUGGUGGGCACAAAAGCAAAAGUGUAAGAAUAAAAAAUGAGGAUGGGGGUGAGAAGGAGGUUAGGUUGCUGUACGAGGGACAGAGAAAUUAGCAUUGAUUUUGAUGAGAAUGAACAAGACAGAGUAAUGACAUAUGAUGGUCUCGAGAGUUGCAUUCUGAACAGUCGAUUGUACGGAAAUGGGAAUACAUUAUGUGAGGAGGAUUCUUGUCCGACUGAAUCUUAUAAUGAAGGAGAAACCAGCUGCUCAUCAAGCAAAGAUGCUUCUGGAUCAUUCUUUUCUGAUCGGACUAUGAAAAGGAACCAAGACGAAACAGAUGAAUGGAGUGGUCCUGAAAGCCCAGAUCAUGUUUAUAUCAGAGACAACAAACCUGCUUAUACCACUCAGUUCUCAGAUGUGGAGGAUAUGAAAGAGAAGUUCGCUAAACUUUUGUUAGGUGAAGAUGUUACUGGAGGACGCAAAGGCAUAACCAGUGCACUAGCAAUAUCAAAUGCCAUAACAAACCUUGCAGCAUCUGUUUUCGGAGAGUUGUGGAAAUUGGAACCUUUAUGUGAAGAAAGAAGUGAUAAAUGGCGAAAAGAGAUGGAUUGGUUACUUUCUCCUGCUAAUCAUAUGGUUGAAUUGGUUCCUGCUAAGCAAAGUGGUACAAAUGGCCGGAACUUUGAGAUAAUGACACCCAAAGCUCGUACAGAUGUUCAUAUCAACCUUCCAGCACUUCAGAAGAUAGACUCCAUGCUUAUUGAGUUUCUGGACUCAAUGAUGGGAACAGAAUUUUGGUAUGGAGAAGGCAAUAGCCGGAAAGAAGGAAGAGGGGGGAGUGAAAGGCAGAGCAAAAGGUGGUGGCUUCCAUCCCCACGAGUACCGUCUGGUGGUCUCUCGGAAAGUGCACGAAAGAAGUUGCAUUCUCAGGGUAAUAUGGUCCAUCAAGUUUUCAAGGCUGCCAAAUCCAUCAAUGAGAAUGUCUUGCUUGAAAUGCCAGUUCCUAAAGACAUUCAGGAAGCACUUCCCAAGACUGGAAGGGAUUGUCUAGGGGAAGAUUUGUAUAAAGUGAUAGCCUCAGGGUCAAGUUCAGCAUCAGAAAUCAUUGAUUUCCUGAAACUGAGAUCUGAACAUGAGGCUCUUGACAUUAUCAAUAAGCUAGAGGCUGCAGCACUAGCAUGGAGAGUAAGAAUCAAAGAGCAAGUUCAUGGCAUCAAAACUCCUGUCAGAACAUCUUGGCCCUUUACGAAGGACCCGGCACCUGAGGUUUGUAAGGUGGAGUCACUGUUGUUCUCCGUGGAUGCACUUCUGUGUCAGUUGAAGAUGAGGUAUCCGUGCCUUCCUCAUACAUUCCUCAAUGUCACGAAAAUACAGUAUGGCAAGGAUAUUGGGCAUUCGAUUCUUGAAGCAUAUUCCAGAGUUCUUGGAAACUUGGCUUUCAGCAUACUGUCAAGGAUUGGAGAUAUCCUGCAAGAAGAUCACUUGAGCAAUCCCAAUUCACCAGUGCCAACAUGUUACUUUUCACCAGGAUCAAGUAUUAAUGGAAUAAUGGAUAGCCCCAUUACCAACCCACGUAUAAGGCAUUCGCUUGUUGAAAGAAUGAACAAGGCAGACGGAUACUUUAGUGAUUCAAACCCUAGCAGAAGUUCUGAUUCAGAGAUUUCAUCAAGUACUGACACAAAGUCUAGCUCAGUUACUGCAACACCUAGUUCUAGCCGUAUCUGGUGCAUAGGUAAAGAUGCAUCCCCAGAUAGUUCUUUCACCUAAUUAAGUUAUCUACUCUUUGGUAGCUUCUUCCUGUAUAUGAGUAUGACUCUAUUCUAAUCAAAGACGAUGUUUUCUUCCUCAAAUUUACUUUCUUCUGAAAGUGGACUUAUUGGUGAUUGACAUCUUAUAGAUUUUGGGAGUAUCAUAGUAUAGUAUAUAUGAAACAUACAUCCAGGCA